AGUAACCGUGUAAGUGGCUAAUAUCACACAAAGUGAGGCCGCACCCAGGAAACAACUUCCACUGUGAAAAAAGCUCUAAGAUCAGUCAGUGCCGAAUCCCUUCCGCGCUGGUUUGGUGUUUACCGAUCGCUACUGCAGUUUGUCUGUUUAUUCGUAUUUCCACCAAAAUGAGUUAAUGGUGCUGUAGUCAACAGCAGCCGGUAAAGAAAAUGUCCUCAACUCAACCAGUGGUUUACAAUUACCUAAAACCAAAACUCCCCGCAACUCAUGCGGAUGUUAAAAGUAAGAAAUGGAACUUCGCUGCGUUCGUGCUGGGAUUUGCAGUUUUGGCAGAAAUGUGUGCAACAGUCUACUAUUUCUGUCACCUCAGCGGCCAGAUUGACAUGAUACAGCAGAAAUUGAAUUAUCCGGGACAGUGCCUCCAGGAUAUGAACUCCUACAUUGAUGACACCGGGGGGAGUGUGAUGACCAAUGUGGAUCCUUUGUGUGACAGCUGGCUUGAGAAUAUUCGAGUUCUAAUAAAUCAGCGUCUGAGAUCUGAUGCGAAAAAUUUGAUAUACAAGGAAUUGGAGGCACAAAAUGCAACAUUCGUGAGUCCUGGAAAACCAGCUAUCCAUUUAAUUGCACAGCACCAGAACAAACCUCCAAGUUAUGCCCCACAUUAUAUUAAUAUCAUACAGACGGUCAUGAUAUACUCUAUUGGAAAGAUAUAAAGGAUUUACGUUCACCAGGGUGCCAUGAAGUACACCAUAUAGGAAUCACCAUUCCCAAGGAUGGCAUCUACUACAUAUACCCCCAGGUUCAUUUCCAGCAUGUACGCAAACUGGACAUCCAGGAUCAACAUUACAAAUUAUUUAUCCAAUACCUUUAUAAGAUGUCCAUGUAUAUAAUGGAUAUUCUUUUAACUAAAGCUAUUUUCACUAAAUGUUGGUCAAGAGGCCAGAUUUGAUAUAUACACAAGUUUUCAAGGAGCCCUCUUUGAACUGCAACAAGGAGACAAACUAUUCAUCGAAGUAACAAAUGCAAAUACUAUGGAUAUUAAUGAGGGAGUCAACAUAUUUGGUGGUUUUAUGGUAUUUUAAGAUGUAAUUAUUAAAACCUGUAAUGGCGGCCACCUAUUGUGAAUAUCAUGCAAUAAUUGUAUUUAAUUUGGAUUACAACAAAUCUUUUGGUUUAGAUUUAACCCCAAGAAAUAUUUCAGCCUCGUGAAAAGACAAAUACAUUUUUUUGUAAUAUUUACUAUUUACAGCAAUUUUCUUCAAUGCUAAUGUGAAGAAUAAACAUGAUUUGACUAAAAAUUGGCACACGGAAGUGUUACGCACAGAAUGCAUGUCACACGUCGACGUCUGAUGUGAAUAAAUGGGCUGUCAAUGGUU